UUCACAUUCUUUUUUUUUAACUCACGUUUUACCUGGCCUAACUGUCACGGCGAGGACGAGGAGCCUGCCAGUUUAUUUUCUUUUCUUUUACAUUUUAUUUUGUUCAUGCAAGGCAGCACACUGCGCAUGUGUCCAGGUAGUCGCAUCCAGGUGUGUGCAGUUGAAGUGAUUACAAACAUUUAGCCAGUUGGACGUCAUGGCGUCCAGGUCACAGUUUCUUGUUGCGCGACUCGGACACUCAAUGUGAAGUCUUGUGGAUGUUUGUGUGCUUCUGUGGUGUUUUAUUUCGGACGGGUUGAGCAACGACAGAAAGAAAGGAAGACAUGGAAGAUGGAGGCAAGCCACCACAUUCCUGUGGCAACGGGCAGCAGAGAAGUCACCACCCAAGACCUUUUUUCUAUGUGCAGCCUCCAUCACAACCUUACUACCUUUAUCAGCACUGGCAGAUGAACAACCCCUACAACCACUACGGUGUGCCCGCAGGUUUUAAUUUCGGCCGUCCCUACAUGGCUCCUUACCAGUUCAUGCCGUAUCCUGGCUUCGUUUUCCCUCACGCCCCGUUGUAUCCCGUGGAUUACCGACGCAUGUUUGAGCCUCGCUUCUGCGGGCCUAUUUGGAAUGACGGCCCGCGCCCGCAGCAUCAACAGCAGUCUCACGGCCGGCGAGAGACCGCCAGCUCUGAGGUCCAGACGGACCCGAGCGACGCCAUCAGCAAGCUGAUGGAGUGCCUGGACAAGAUCCGAGUCACGGAGCGGCAGGGAGCCGAGAGGGAGCUGGACUCGGGGGUGGCGUCUCACUCCUCCGGGAUGUUCUCUCCAGCUGAGGAGAAGAGAUGUCAAGAAGAGUGCGAGACUAACCUUCUGCCAGCGGCGCCGGAUGCGACCCGGUUAGAAUCUCCGGCCGUGGUAUUCAGCGACUCCACCGCGGCCGUGUAUGACGCCGAAUCCAGCCACAGGAGCUUGGAGUUCCUGAGCCCUCAGGUGUGCUGGUCCGGAACGCUGGAAGUGGAGCUGCCUAUUGAUAGUUCCUCCAUCCACGAGGACGGUCCGGAUCCCGAGUGUCCGUCGCCGCUGGAGCCUUUCCUCGCUCACGAUAAGUCAGAAGUCACAAAUAUCCAGUCAGAUAUUCCUGUGGCUGAUCGCAGCGCUCCCAUAAGUGAUGCCAACGACGCCGUGAAGCGAGCGGACUCCUACAGGCCUCCAUCGCUGUCUCCGAUUUCUUUAUUCAGGAAGCUCAAGGAUGAAAAGAGUGUCAGCAAAGCUCUGAGCGAAGUCGAUCCCGAUUACCAGAUCCUCCAGCUGCCUCUACACGUUUUCACAUCAGGAGAAGGAUCACGCGUCUCGUCCCCAGCUAGCCCUUACUACCACCACCGCCUCUCCAUGCAGACCACCCACGAGCGCAUGAGUGUCCUGAGCCCGUCCCUGGAUGAAUUUUCCUCCCGGGACGAGAUGUUCUCCACCGACUUGGAGGACUCUGAUAUCUUCCCCCGGCGAGCCUACACUGGCAGAAGGUUAGCAGAAGUCGUGGGGGGCGAGCGAGCGGUAGUGGAAGUGGCGGAGGACACGUGGCUUCCCGCCCCCACAAGGCUCAUGUGCGCCUGCUGUGGGAAAAGUCUGCCCAAAGGCGGCAGUCGGGGCAAAGGCCACAGCGCCAAGGCCUACAGGGACGAGGCCGCGGACUCCGAGGACGACGUCGGGUACGGAAGAGGGUGCGAGCCGCCGUUUCGAGCAGCGCUCAGGAAGCAUCCCGCCCCCAGGAAGCCUCACCCAGGCCCCCAGAGGCAGCCGGCCAGGCCCUGGUACAAAAGGAGCCAGUACAAAACCCCUCUCGAUUCCCACAAUCCCGACCAGGGCCAUGAAGGCAAGUCUGGAGAGACCAGCGGCGGCGAGCUGCAGUGCAGAACCUGUCAGGGUUGUGAGCCGUCACGUGCUCGUUCACAGACGGACUCUGCAGAGAUGAGCACGGCGUGUCCGAGCAAAGCAAGUGGGCGGAGAGCAGCGGAGGCGCUCCCAGACGAUGGCAAGUGGCUCCUCUGCAGCGACAAGAGUCGAGUGCUCCGAGGAAAGCGAUGCUGCACCAGAGGCCCCGAGAUGACGACGGCGGCCGUGACGAUGACGACGACAAAGAACUGCCGACCUUGCACUGGGACAGAGGCUCCUCAGUGAGAGAAUCGAGAAGUUAAUUUCUCAUGACUGACUUGUGUUGAACUGUUCCCCUUGAUGGUGUUAAUGUUAUACGACGAUGGUUGAAAAUAUGUAUAAAGGGCACGAGGUGUAAAUGCACUGCACAGAAAGUCUCUUUUUUUUUUUUUUUUUUUUUUUUUUUUUUGUUGGUUAAAAAAAGAAGAGAGAAUGUAUACUUUCUGCCUUUCACACUUGAGGUUGUCACAAAGGCAAGUGGGCUCAGUUUGUUGCAGUUGAUGAUAUGCCACUGUUUGGGGCCAGUCCAAUAAAAGAUUGUCAUUAUA